AUGUAUCGCCUAAAUGAUGAAUUUGACUCCUUCAAUGCGCUCAUCUUCAAGUCCAGUGGUGCCAGCGCAGCCAAUGAGCUUCGAAAGUGGUAUAACGGCGAACUCUACAACCAUAGAACCGCAGCGUAUGGCCUCUUGAACUGGGGCCAAAUCGACAUUCAAGCGCAGGCCGAGAUCAUUGCGCUUGCAGAGGCGGAGUUUGGCGACAGCACCUAUCCCAUUGACAAGAAGAAGAUCGAGUUCCUGAAGGGCGGCAUCUUCCCAGACUAUGAGCUCAUCUUCGACGUAAAAUACAUCGGCACGGCCGGGUACCCUGGUUCUGACAAGUACAUCACCGUCUCCAGCACCGUCAUGAACGCCCUCAGCCAAGGCAACGUGCACAUUAAUCCCGCGAACCCCAUCGGCAAACCUUUCAUCGACCAUAGGUUCUUCAGUAACGAGCACGAUAUUAAUCUGGCGUCAAGGGCGUCAAGUCUGCGCUUACGUGAGUUCGCCGUCAACACGGUGACUAGCUUUUACCACCCGGUUGGUACUUUCUCUCUCCUCCGCGAGGCUGAGGAUCAUAUCGUGGACGCUUAUCUGCUGGUUUACGGCACCUAG